CCUCUCCAAAAACAAAAUCCCGCCAAGGCUAGGCGGAAGCGGGGGGUAAACCACGGUAUCUAAAAUAACUGCUUCUCCUGCUUCUCGUGGUCCAGGGCCUGGCGGGCUUCUUUCAAUCGUCGUUGUUGUACACAGGUCGCCCAUUCAAUAUGAGUAUUCGCAUAAAUGCGACCGUACAGGAGGCGCGAACAGCCGCAGGCCACAGCCAGGAGCAAUGGGAUCGUUUUUACUUCAUCACGAAAGACGAGGCCAGGCAGCUCGCAGAGGCGCACACAGACUGGAAAAGAUGGAUCCUUAUCCCCGCGAACGAGAAGGAGCAGAUGUUGGAGAGGAUAAAUGGUCGGUUACGGGCCGAAGGCAUCCCCGCGGUCGAGAUGAUCAUUCUGAAGUGGCGCGUCUCCCAGCUCCUCAGGGAUAUUCAACGGAAAUACGAGGCAGGUAGCAUGUUGCAAGAAAUGCGAAGCACGAGCUCAGCGUCAGGGCCAUCAAUACAGGUUCAGACAGCCCAAACCCAGUCGGAUAGUAGCAUGCAGUCGUCAAGUCCACAACGGUCGGAAUAUUCGCCGAGCGAGACACGCCCGUACGACCCAAUCCGGGAUGUAUAAAAGCCCUACACACCUUGGGAGGAUUUUUGUUAUUUGCGUUGCGCGUUUCAACGUCGAACUGGGUAUGCUCGACAAUAUUGAUGGUUGAUACCUCGAACCGUAGGUUACGGCAGGACGGAAGAGGA